AUCUAAAAGAACUACCGCAAACCCUUCGACGAGCUCUCCGUGCGCCUCUCUUCCCGUUCUGCGUUCCGAGAAAAAAUCGGGGCAAAGGCAGUUUGUUGUUGCACGGCUGUGUCCGCGCCGAUGUGCGCGUUUCUGCAUCUUCUCGCCUCGGGAUAUGCCGCCGACAUGACCAAGCCUCGAGACCGCCCGCGGCGAGCCACCGCCGAUCACGUACGAGCGAGCGCCGAGCGGACAAGCUAACGGCAGCGACUCGGGUCCGUCAGUCGUCGCCGCACGCACUCCAAAGUGCUGUCCGCCAUGGACUACAUUCGGGAAUUCGACAUCCGGCUGGAGAAAGAGAUGUACUACGCCGGAGAGACGCUUUCUGGCCACAUCAUCGUCAACACCGUCGAAAACUUCAAACUCAGAGCGAUCCGGGUGAUGCUUCGGGGCAAGGCGCACGCCGAGUGGAAGGUGCUGGUCAGCGGAGACAGGAGGACGGUCAAGGACGACCAGGUGUUCAUCGACGACCGCGCCAUCAUCUGGGGAAAAGACAAGGUGGACGGCAGCCUGCCCAUCCUCCCGAGGGGUCAGCACGCCUUUGGGUUCCGGUUCCAGCUUCCCGAGAGCUCGCUGCCGUGCUCGUUCGAAUCGCGGCCCUGCACCGUACGCUACUACGUCAAAGUCACCAUGGACAUACCGUAUGCGUCGCCUCCGCAGGGCAUGAAGUACUUCACCAUCAUCGGACCACACAUUGACUGCAUGGAGGAACAGUAUCUCAAACCGCUUGUGGGCCAGGACAAGCGCGCGGUGUGCUGCCUGUGCUGCCAGAGAGGGGUGGUGAGCCUGCGGAGCGCCCUGGAGCGCUCCGCCUACUGCUGCGGGGAAAGUCUCCGGCUCAAGGCCGACAUCGACAACCAGAGUGAAGAGGAGGUUCGGCUCAAACUCAAACUCGUUCAGCACGUGGAGUUCUUCAUCGACCGGGGUGUCCUCGGGGUGAACCGGGAGGUGUCGCACACGGUGCUCGAGUACCGGGGAGACCAGAUCCCACCCCACACACGGCACAAGUUCGACAGCUCCAACAGCCUCGUGGUGCCAGUGAUGCCCCCGACGCUGGUGGGCGUCUGUCGGCUGCUCCAGAUGUACUACGUCCUCAAGGUGUGGAUCGAGAUGGAGAAAUCGGGCGACGACCUCAUGAUGAACUUCCCCAUCACCAUUGCAACGUGUCCAUUCCGGAUCCCAAACUCCAAGCAGGAGCCCAACAUCGACUAUGCCGUCUGCUGCGACCACGUGGAAGGCGGCAUGUACAUCGGGCCAGAGUUCCAGCUGGGCCAAGUCUACGACGGGUCCAUGGGUGUCGAGGAGGGCGAGACGGUGGUCCUCUACCGCCCCGUCUACGUCUCCAUCCGGAAUCCCACCAGGGGUGCUUCCGGCUCCGCCAACCAGGCGGGCACCAGCAACGAACGGCACGACCGAGUGUAACUGCGCAGGCUCCACCAGAGCGCGCCUCGCGACCAGCCGAAGCGGCAACGAGGUCGUGCAUCGGGGCAAGUGUGCAUGUGUAUGCGCGUCAGGAACAAAGGUCCCGUCAUCCGCGACAGGACGGGAGCUGACUGAACGGACCCAUGCACUCCGGCGACCGCUUCAACUCCAGCUCAACUUUUGCCGGGACACGUGUUCUUCGGAGUGUGUGCUUGUUUGUAGCGACACGGGCAGCCGGGAGGCCUUCUUUGUUUUUGCUAAAAGAUGGCCUCGAAACCACGGUUUAAGGCAAGAUCACCACAGAGAGUUAUACGCUCUAGACGCUGCCAUCAAUGCAAAAGAUGGUAUGUCAUUACCACAAAAAUUCUUCUCCGCUUCGCAAGAAACCAGGAGCGGCCAAAACGAUUAACGUGCUCGAGGACUGCAACGAUGUGAUAGUUGUGCGGCGCGAAAGGCUGCCGGAGAUUCGAAGUUUGGGCCAUGUGCCAGGAUCAGAUGCCAGAUACCGAUCAACAUUUUAUUGGGCUUGUUGCACAUAGUGCGUGGCUUGGGGCAGUUCUGUCUUAAAUUUGUGGAGGGUUUGGUGCGCGAAAGUGCAGAUGGCACACUCCGGACAAGGAAUCUGCAUGAAUGCUGUCCAUAGCUUGCGCGGAAAAGAUGCAAGGGCCUGCACAAAAUAAAGCUUGGCCCCACUAGCGGACUCGUAGCAGAAGCUUCCCCUUAUCAAAGUAGCGAGCAGUUUUGGCUCCGAGCGCGGCAGACUUCAUCCCACAGAGCGUCAUCUCUCGGACUUUACCGGAGGCUUUGGGGCCCCGCUGAAAAUGUCAAGCCCCGCACCCAGCUCUCGAGCAAAGAUUCUUUAGCUAGCAUUUGUAACAAACUCAUCACUCUGGGUCACUGCUUCGUUCGAGCUCCGGCGACUAAUACAGGGUUUGGAGCGCGCCGCGGCUACGGAGAGCAUGCGGCAAGACGCCUCCUAGAAACAAAGCAUUUUGCGGGACGACCGCUUGAAAGAUACGGAGGGUCGACCGUCGCCACCGAGCCUCCGGCAAGGGUCGACAGACGACCCCAAUCUAUACGAGGCUGACGCGUGCCUACCGUCGACCCGCGUUCCGAGACGGUUUGUCGGACCGUACGUUGCAAGGGCAAGCACAUCACUCGUGGUAGCGGAUCACGCGACGGCGGCUCGCGUGCCGCGGUUGCGAGGUCUUCACAGUUCGUCCGUAGAGCGUUUGAGAUGACCCGACACCCCCUUCCUUUCGUGCGACAGUGAAGGCUCGUUUGCAGCCAAACGUGCACCCAUCUAUAGUUUUUUUGCAAAAAAGGUUACCUGUGUUUGUUGGCCGUCGUGUUGUUGGGUGUUUCUCAGGUGCUUGUUGCCGAGAGCCUCUGUGCGCUGCUGUUGUUCUUGAGUUUCCCUAGCCCUCUUGUUUAGGUUGACUGUUGCGCGCGCUUUCAGUUAGACUCGUGCGUGCCGCAAAACUUGAGGGACCGGCGUGCCUGGCGUCUUCCGGCGGAUGCAGGCGCGCUGGCCGUCCGCUGUACAAAGUAGCGUGUCCCAAGUUUGCACAUUUCGGGGUGUCGUCCGUGCAAGGGGCCGCGCCAGAACAAGCGGCGCUUAGCUUCUCGGCGAUGCACGACAUGGGAGCGUAGUAGCCCGUUUUCUGUUUAUGGCCCGGAGCAUCCUCCGGGAGAAAACGCAGCAACAAAAAAAAAGACGAUUUUGAUGUUGGCAAACGUAGUUUGAUGGUAUUUUACUGUACGAAUUAUAACGUGUCGGCUGUUAAAUGGAAUAAAUCUUACAACACAGA